AUGGUGUACUUGUUAGCAGAUUGGGGCAUGGGAGAUUCUGAAACCCGCGGCCGAAACUAUGCGGACUCAACGACUUUAUCAACAUCAUCAACAACAACCACAACGCUCGCAGUCCAAUCAACGGUCGGCCAGAAACCCUCCAGCAAUCAGUUAGAACUGCUCCGUGAUGAAAACGACGAAGUUGACCUUCACCCCCUCAGCAAUCAAGUUGGAGGCCACACUAGACUAAUGGUACUGAACCCCAGCACAAUAUGCAAGCCCCUCAACUAUAGAGAACUCGAUUUCUACCAGAACAUUCAAGAUCAAGAGAUUAAAACAUUUGUACCUAAAUAUAAAGGAGUUAUGCAGGCAACUUUGUGUAGCGGAGGAAAAAUGGAAAAACGGUACAGUCCCAGUUUUAGAGACGAAUCUUCCAGAUCUAAAAGUGAUAGGAAAAGAAAAAGAGAGGACGUUUUAAAAAUGAGAAUUCAUCAUACAGGACACCCCAAGGACGUAAUCAAAAGUAUUUCGCAAUCGGACAAUACAAAUAAGCAAUACUUCCUCAUGUUGGAAAACAUCACGUCUCACUACACACAUCCGUGCAUUUUGGACUUGAAAAUGGGCACCAGGCAGCAUGGAGACGACGCGUCAGCAGAAAAAAGAUCCAAACAGAUGGCCAAAUGUGCCGCCAGCACGUCAGCUUCGCUAGGAGUCAGAUUGUGUGGGAUGCAGGUUUACCAGGCGGAAUCCGACAUUUAUCUUAAGAAAGACAAGUAUUGGGGUAGAGAGUUAAACGAAGACGGCUUCAAAAACGCUCUAUGCCGAUUUUUUGACAACGGAUUCGGUCUACGAGUAUCAGUUAUAAGAAAGGUUAUAUCGAAACUAGAACAGCUUAGACGAGUAAUAGAAAGACAAAGCUGCUACAGAUUCUAUUCCUGUUCAUUACUAAUAGUAUACGAAGGCGACGGUGGCAUUCCCCUGUUGACGGUUACAAAACCGGACUCGUGCUGUUCGAGCACGCUGGAUCCGAUCUUUUGCGAGAACGACUGCACGCGGGCUUCUGAGGACAACAGCCGCGAGAUGGCGUGCUGCUACGACGCCGACACCAGCAACUCUUCCAUUGAUUUCAAUUCCAGCCACGACGAGGUGUCGCAGGAUUCCCAUCAUCGAGGUUUUGGCGAAGCCGCUGCCAGAGGUGCAAAAUCCAGCACCUUCUACCCCAUAUCCGAAGAGACCGUAUUCCUCGACUCCCCUCCAACCGUCCCCAGCAUAACGACCAGCAGUCCGGUCGACAGCUGGAUGAUGUUUUCGAAUAGCAGCUCGGACGAGUAUUCGCUUUCCGGGCACCUGAACGGCGGCGCCAGCUCGAACGACGAGGCGUCCGACUUCGAGCCUUCGUCGCCGCACAAAAACAAACGCAACUGCACGGUGCAGUUUUCGGAGUUGGAGCUCGAAGACGAGGAGGACGAGGAGUUGAGUCCGACCAUAUCGCACAAGAGCAUCACCAAGAGGUUGUGCGUCAAGGAUAUGCCGUCUGGAUCAAGACGAUCCAGAACCCCAGCCCCGGCGAACGUGGACGUGCGCAUGAUCGACUUCGCGCACACGUCGUUCGUCACGAAAUCGUCCGAAUCCAGCUCGAGCGCCGCCGCAGUGCACCAGGGACCCGACGGCGGCUUCCUCACCGGCUUGGACAGUCUCAAACGUCUCCUGUCGCAGAUUUUGGCCGAAGGUUAG